CCAGCGGUGGCCCGCACAGCUGGUGGGGUGCGGAGGCGCGGGCUGCGUGGUUAUCGCGUGUCUCUCUCCUCCGGGUUGGAGCCGGAGCCGGAGCCGGAGCCGGAGCCGGAUCCCGCGCAGACGGCCACGUCAACCUCAACCUGCAACGCCCUUCCCUCCCCGCUCCGCCGCGCCCUCCGGGCCUGCGGAUGGUCCUCCCAGCCCGCGUCCUCCACGCUUUUCCCACAAUGCCCCGCGCCAGACCCCUCCCAGCCUCGCGGUGGAGACCGGCGUGCGAGAAGUCGACCCGGGGAGGUGGUGGGCUUGUUGCUGCCGGGGCAGCUUGUCCUCUCCCAUCCCGAACGCGGCGGCCGUGCCGGUCGGAGACUGCGUACUCACUCCCACACUCACAGCCUGGGUUUGGCCAGGCGGGUCCGCUGCCGGGAAUUGAGGAUGGGGGAGUAGCUACGAGAGGCGACCCAGCGACACCGAGAUUAAUGUUUUUGGAGACAAUUUUGUGAUAUUUGAUUCACCUUUGGAGUAAUGUGGACAAAAGUUCUCAAACUUGUAUGCUGUAUCAUCUGGAACCAGCAGUGUGUCUUAAUGUUCACUUAAAUCAGAACUGGUAUAAGGAAAAGAAUGGGAGUCUGGUUAAAUAAAGGUCAUUAUGUCAGAGACUUGAAAAGGAUCAUUCUCUGCUUUCUAAUAGUGUAUAUGGCCAUUUUAGUGGAAACAGAUCAAGAUUUUUACAGUUUACUUGGAGUAUCUAAAACUGCAAGCAGUAGAGAAAUAAGACAAGCUUUCAAGAAAUUGGCAUUGAAGUUACAUCCUGAUAAAAACCCGAAUAACCCAAAUGCACAUGGUGAUUUUUUAAAAAUAAAUAGAGCAUAUGAAGUACUCAAAGAUGAAGAUCUCCGGAAAAAGUAUGACAAAUAUGGGGAAAAGGGACUUGCAGAUAAUCAAGGAGGAGGCCAGUAUGAAAGCUGGAACUAUUACCGUUACGAUUUUGGUAUUUAUGAUGAUGAUCCUGAAAUCAUAACAUUGGAUAGAAGAGAAUUUGAUGCUGCUGUUAAUUCUGGAGAACUGUGGUUUGUGAACUUUUACUCCCCAGGGUGUUCACACUGCCAUGAUUUAGCUCCCACAUGGAGAGACUUUGCUAAAGAAGUGGAUGGAUUACUUCGAAUUGGAGCUGUUAACUGUGGUGAUGAUAGAAUGCUUUGCCGAAUGAAAGGAGUCAACAGUUAUCCCAGCCUCUUCAUUUUUAGAUCUGGAAUGGCUGCAGUGAAAUAUCAUGGUGACAGAUCUAAGGAAAAUUUAGUGAAUUUUGCCAUGCAGCAUGUUAGAAGCACAGUGACAGAAUUGUGGGCAGGAAAUUUUGUUAACUCUAUACAAGCUGCUUUUGCUGCUGGUAUUGGCUGGCUGAUCACUUUUUGCUCCAGUGGAGGAGAUUGUUUGACUUCACAGACACGACUCAGACUUAGUGGCAUGUUGGAUGGUCUUGUUAAUGUAGGAUGGAUCGACUGUGCUACUCAGGACAACCUUUGUAAAAGUUUGGAUAUUACAACAAGUACUACUGCCUAUUUUCCUCCUGGAGCUUCUUUAAAUAACAAAGAGAAAAGUGGUAUUUUGUUUCUUAAUUCAUUGGAUGCUAAAGAAAUAUAUUUGGAAAUAAUGAGUAAUCUUCCAGGUUUUGAACUACUUUCAGCAAACACACUAGAGGAUCGUUUAGCUCACCAUAGAUGGCUCUUAUUUUUUCAUUUUGGAAAAAAUGAAAAUUCUAAUGAUCCUGAAUUGAAGAAACUGAAAACUCUACUUAAAAAUGAACAUAUUCAAGUUGGCAGGUUUGACUGUUCCUCUGCACCAGACAUCUGUAGUAAUCUCUAUGUUUUUCAGCCAAGUCUAGCAGUCUUUAAAGGACAAGGGACCAAAGAAUAUGAAAUUCAUCAUGGAAAGAAGAUUCUAUAUGAUAUACUUGCAUUUGCCAAAGAAAGUGUUAAUUCUCAUGUUACUACACUUGGACCUCAAAAUUUUCCUGCCAGUGACAAAGAACCAUGGCUUGUUGAUUUUUUUGCCCCUUGGUGUCCACCAUGUCGAGCUUUAUUGCCAGAGUUACGAAAAGCAUCAAAGCAUCUUUAUGGUCAGCUUAAGUUUGGUACACUGGAUUGUACAGUUCAUGAAGGACUCUGUAACAUGUAUAACAUUCAGGCUUAUCCAACAACAGUGGUAUUCAAUCAGUCCAACAUUCAUGAAUAUGAAGGACAUCACUCUGCUGAACAGAUCCUGGAGUUUAUAGAGGAUCUUAAGAAUCCUUCAGUGGUCUCCCUUACACCCGCCACUUUCAAUGAACUAGUUAAACAAAGAAAACAUGAUGAAGUCUGGAUGGUUGAUUUCUAUUCUCCGUGGUGUCAUCCAUGCCAAGUCUUAAUGCCAGAAUGGAAGAGAAUGGCCCGGUUGUUAACUGGACUGAUCAAUGUGGGCAGUAUAGACUGCCAGCAGUACCAUUCUUUUUGUUCCCAAGAAAAUGUUCGGAGGUACCCUGAGAUAAGACUUUUUCCCCAGAAAUCAAAUAAAGCUUAUGAAUAUCAUAGUUACAGUGGUUGGAAUAGGGAUGCGUAUUCCCUAAGAAUCUGGGGUUUAGGAUUUUUACCUCGAGUGUCCAUAGAUCUAACACCACAGACUUUCAGUGAAAAAGUUUUGCAAGGGAAAAAUCACUGGGUGAUUGAUUUCUAUGCUCCUUGGUGUGGACCUUGCCAAAAUUUUGCUCCAGAGUUUGAGCUCUUGGCUAGGAUGAUUAAAGGAAAAGUGAAAGCUGGAAAAGUAGACUGUCAAGCUUAUGCUCAGACAUGCCAAAAAGCUGGUAUUAGAGCCUAUCCAACCGUUAAAUUUUAUCCCUAUGAAAAAGCAAAGAGAAAUAUUUGGGGAGAGCAAAUAGAUGUCAGAAAUGCAAAAGAUAUUGCUACCUUAAUAUAUGAAAAGUUGGAAAUGCUACAAAAUCAAGGAAAAAGAAAUAAGGAUGAACUUUGAUGUUGAAGCUGAAGAAAAAUUGAAAUAAAAAGAAAUUCCAACAAAUGACAUCAGAAGGCACUUUUUUAGACUGUUACUACAUCAUGGGAUUAAGUGAACAUUAACAUGGACUUGAAUUGUGCUGCCUGAAUUCUGUGUAACAUAAAUCAGAGGUCUGCAAACUUCUUCUGUAAAGGGCCAGAUUGUAAAUAUUUUAAGCUUUGCAGACCAUAUAUUGUCUGUCACAUUUUUAAAAAAAAAAAAAACAAUCCAUUUAAAAAUUAUAAAAACCAAUUUUUAGCUUGGGGUGGUACAAAAAUAGGCCACAGGUCAAUUCAGUCCAAAGGUCAUAGAUUACUGGCCCCAAGAAAUGAUAUUUAAGGUGAUAGCUCAAACAUUUAAGCCUGCUCUGCUGUAUCUACAUACAUGUCUAAGAUGUACAAAGUGGACUUUUUCACUUAAAGUAUUAUAGUUAGCUGGAAAUACCUGUUUUUCUAAGAAAAAUUCUAUCUCUAACCAUAUAUUUCAUUUGAAAAACAUUCAAUAUGGCAAAGUAAAGAUACCCUAUUUUCGUACUAUAUGAGAGAUUCAUUUUUUUCCUUUUUAAAGGUUUAAUUGCUUUCAGUUUCACAGUUGAGAAUAAUUUUUUACUGCAAUAAGUGCACAAAUCCUAUAGAUUACUUUGGCACCCAGAAAAAAAUAGGGAAAAAAUUUGUAGCAGUUAACUGGGCAUUAUAGAGGAUCCCAAAUAUAUCAAGUAUCAGGAGUUCUAUAUUUUAAAGAUACAUAGGUUCAUUUAUUUUCCAUAAUAGUUGAUUUUUGAGGCAUCUUUCUAAUAUUUAUGUAUUUGGCUUCUGGUCUUUCCAUUUUGAUGUGUAUCCUUUAUAAUGUUUGCCUUUUUUCUUAUAGUUCUGAUUUUUCACCCUUGUCCAUUCUCUCCAUUAUUCACAUAGGAAAUAUCACUUUGCAGUUUUAUUUCACUAGAGCUUAUGAUGAUACUCUGGUUGUUCCAAUUAUUAGUUUAUUAUCAGAGGCUGCCGUUUUCAGGUAAAUGUUAUAAUAACAUUUUUUGAAGAAAAUCAAGUAUAAGUACAGGGAUGGGAUCUUUUCAUUUCUUAGUUCAGAAUUAAAGAACCAAAUUUUUUCUUUUGCAUUUUAACAAAAUGUGGCUUCAUGUACUUGCUUAAUUAUAAUUCAGCAUGUAUGGAAUGGUAAAAAUCCCAAUUGCUCAAAAGAAGUUAACGAAUUUUGAAAAAAAUCUUCUAUUUUUCCAAAAACCUUUCACAAUUAUGAUUGUGUUUGGAAGAGUUUUAUUUUAUAGCUGGAAUUUAUACAGAAAGUAAUAGACUUUGUUCAUUUUCAACCCUAAUCCUGUUCUUCAUAGCCUUUCCUGUAUUUUUUCUAAUGUAUACUUUUAACUAUUUCUUGAAGUCUACUUUAUACAUGUGGGCAUGUAUGAAACAGUCAUUACUUCUAAUGUUAAUUUAACACCAGCUUUUUGAAUUAUGAUCAGCCCAUGGCAAGUACCUUUCAUCUAUUAAACUAAUCUAGAAAUUUUUCAAAUUUGGCUUUUUUCUAUAAGAAUCCCAAAUGGAAUGCCUAAAGUAGUCUUACUUGUUAAUUUUUUACUGAAUUAAUGUACCAUUUAUAUGUAUACCACUGUGCUGGGUACUGAGGAAUGUACAAAAAGAAUCUAAGACAUGUCUCUCUCUCCGAAGUGUCUGUAAUUCACAGAUCUGAAAUUGAACUCCUAAAUAAGUUUGCUGGUAUCUAAAUUACUACCUCUGAAUAUAUUUCCUAUGCUUAUUAGUUGGGAAACAUGUUAGCAGUAAAGAAAAUAGUAAAUAUGAAUCCUGUAACUGGUAACUUGACCUAAUAUCCUUAUGGAUGAGCUCUAAAGCCAGACUACCCAGAAGUCAGUGUAAUUAGCAUGUAUGGAAUAAUUAACAUCCAUCAAGAGAUUGUCUUCUGCAGUCAUAUUACUGUCACUGGGUAUUUCAAAAACAGCCAGAAGGAUUAGAGGGUUUAAUGGUCAUUAUUGGUACAGUAGAACACCUCUGAAGAGUGCCAGGUGAAAUGUGCCUUCUCUCUCAGCAACACAGUUUUCCUGUACAUCUGGCCUUGGGUAACAUGGCACCAAUUCCAGCAGACCAGAAUGUAUUCUGUUAGGCAGCUAGCCUUGGAAAUUAGAUACAUUUGAGUAUAUGGCUGUGUAAGACAAUAUAUUUGGAGUUUGUGGGGUUUUUUUGGCAUUACAUUAAUGAUGGCUCCUAUUGCAAUUUCCCAAAUUUUAUUUAGGUUUUCAUAUAUUUUUUAAAGUAUACGAUUAAGACAAAGGAAAAGUAAAAUGAAGAAAUGGUUGUCAUGUAAUAAUUUUUUAUACUGCAAAAGUUUAAUUUUUUUUUGAUUUUGUUGUUUUCUGACAGUACUCAAAUUGGGAAUUUUUGUUGAAGUAUAGAUAUCAAAAAACAACAACAACAAAGAACACGCCACAGUGUUUACCAUGGGAUACUUUUACAAAGAUGCUUAGUAUAAGAAAGUUUUUAAUGAAGUAGUAUUUUUAAGCCUUUUUAACAGAGUUACUGUGUAAUAAUCUUGUCUUAGUCCUUAAAUCUACCAAGAAAACCAAAUAAGUGUCUUGAAUUAGGAGCAUUCUAUCAUGACUGCUAGGAAAUAGUUCAAAGGUUAAAUUAACCAAAUGCAUUUUAAAUUUUCUGUAAUACUUACAGGAUAAAAUUGAUUCUGAAGAUGAAAAGUAAAUAACCUUUCUGGUAAUAUAGUACUAUACACAUCAAAAAUGUAAAUACACCUAGAUUCUUCUGGUGAAUAAGUUUGUUUUAGUUAGGCCAACAGUUAAGCUAAGUGUAUUAUUAUUAUACACAAAAAGUGAUUUGAGUCCUUUUUUAAUUUAAUGCUGGAUUUGCAAAUACAUUCUCAUACUGUUA